AGUCCUUUCGUUCGGUCAACACAUGUUGAACUAGAGCAGUGCAGAAAUGUUGGAGCAGCCCCAGAGCCCCCUAGCUACACACACAGCACAUUGGCUCAUCUGAUGGUCCUCACUUUACCUCAGGGACCUGAUUCCACAGUGAAAUGUCUUUCACACAGCCAGUGCUGGACUGCAAGCAAUGACUGCUGCUAAAUGAGAUUCUAGGAUGGAAAUGUUGCUGGGGGGAAACCUGAGGACAGGAGCAGGGCUCUGCCUUCUACUGUUGGCCUUCAUACAAGUGGCCACAGGCCAGAGAAGUAAGACAGGACAUGGGAACUACAGGCUCCAUGGUGAUGAAAAAAAUGGUCUGACAUGUUCACUGGAGGUGGCCUUUAUCCUGGACAGCUCUGAGAGUGCAAAGAUCUUCCUAUUUGAGAAGCAGAAGUCCUUCGUAUUGAGCUUCAGCACAAGGCUCUUCAUGCUGCAGGUAGCUGGCUGGGCGCUGAGGGUGCGAAUGUCUGCACUCCAGUACAGCAGCUCCGUGUCCAUAGAGCAUAGAUUCUCAGCCUGGAAAGACCUGGAUUCAUUCCAUGGCCAAGUCAGCACCAUGAGCUACAUUGGCCAUGGCACCUACACCACCUAUGCCAUCACCAAUGCCUCACAGCUGCUGGUGCAGGAGACACAGGAAGACAGCGUCAGGGUUGCAGUGCUGAUGACCGAUGGGGUGGACCAUCCACGCAACCCUGAUGUGAUUGCAGCUGCAACAGAGGCCAAAGGUCACGGAAUAAAGUUCUUCACUGUGGGGUUAUCGGACAUUGCCCAGCAGAGCCCAAAUAACGCCAAGCUCCGGGCCAUAGCCAGCACACCUGCUCAGCAGUUUGUUCAAAGUCUUCUUGAUACUCAACUUGAGGAGAAGAUGCUCAAAGAGAUGGCUACAGUUGCAUUUGAAGGGUGUCCACAGUCACAAGUGUGUUUGUGUGAAAGAGGAGAGAGAGGCCCUGCAGGAACUCCAGGAAGUUUUUCAAGGGGUAGAAAAGGAGACCCAGGCUUCAGAGGGCUGCAUGGCCAAAAAGGAGCGAGGGGCAAGCCUGGCUUGAAUGGUCAACCUGGAAGUGAUGGUCCAGAGGGUCUUCCAGGUUACAAGGGCAGCAAGGGGGAGAGAGGAGACUGUGGCACUCCAGGGGAAAAGGGUGGCACUGGCCCUGCAGGACCUCCGGGCCUGCGUGGAGCAAAAGGAGAACAGGGUUUGAUGGGGCCACCAGGAGACAUGGGUCCAGAAGGCCCAGCAGGACCCAAGGGAGACCGAGGGCCCAGUGGUGUUUCUGGACCACCAGGGGAAAUUGGUGUUGGAUUCCCAGGAGCCAAGGGUGAACAGGGCAUUCAGGGAAGACAAGGUCCUGCAGGUCCUGUUGGGAUAGGAGAACCAGGACUAACAGGUCCCCCAGGACCACCUGGAGCACAGGGGAUCCCAGGACCACCUGGAGAGGGCUUUCCAGGGCUAAAGGGUGAACGAGGAUAUGAAGGUCCAAGGGGCAGUCGUGGGCUUCCAGGUAUCGGGAUUAAAGGUGACAAGGGCAGUAUCGGACCACCUGGCAUUCCAGGUCCAGUUGGUGCUCCUGGGUUAGAGCUUCAAGGUGAAAAGGGUGAUCAAGGCCCAGUUGGACCUUCAGGACCCAGAGGUUUCCCAGGUAUUGGAAUAACAGGACCUAAGGGGAACCAGGGCCUCAGAGGUGAGCAUGGACCUCCAGGUGAGAGAGGAGUGGGAGAACCAGGAUCCAAAGGUGACCCAGGCGAAGAAGGGUUACCAGGUCUACCAGGGCAGCCAGGAGAGGAUGGAGUCCCGGGACCAAAGGGUGACACCGGGUUACCGGGUCCCAGGGGACCUGACGGAACUCCUGGUAAAGGAGCCCCUGGAGAGAAGGGAGACAGAGGGGACAAAGGGACCAGAGGCCUGUCAGGGGCCAUUGGUCCUGUGGGGCCAAUGGGGCCAAAGGGAGAACCGGGAAGUAUUGGGCCUCCAGGUGCAACUGGACCACCAGGGAGGGGUUUACCUGGUGCCAAGGGAGAACCAGGUCCACAAGGCCCAGCUGGAGCUGCAGGAGAACAGGGAACGGGUUUACCUGGACCCAAGGGUGACAGAGGGUCACCUGGACCUGUUGGCCUACCUGGACUGGAGGGUGAAGGCUUCCCCGGCCAUCCAGGACUUCCAGGGCCUCCUGGGUUGACAGGAGAGACCGGACCAGAAGGCAUUGGUUUACCUGGACCAAAGGGAGACAGGGGCUUGCCUGGACCCGCUGGCCCUGCUGGGCCACCAGGAAUUGGUCUACCUGGUCCCAAGGGUUCAGUCGGCCAAAUGGGACCACCAGGUCUGCAGGGGCUACCUGGAGAGGGCAUUCAAGGACCAAAGGGUGAGCCAGGAUUUCAGGGGAUCCCUGGCCCCAGAGGCCCUCCUGGACAAGGUCUGCAGGGGGAAAAGGGGGACCGAGGGCUCAGAGGUGAGAAAGGCAAAAAGGGAGAUGCAGGGGAACCUGGAGAGCCAGGAGCCACUGGACCUCUGGGUAGAAUGGGACAGAAGGGAGAACCUGGACUUACAAGGGAAGAAAUCAUCAAAAUAGUGAGAUCCAUAUGUAGCUGUGGCGUGACCUGCCGCCAGACCCCCUUAGAGCUUGUUUUUGUGAUUGACAGCUCUGAGAGUGUCGGCCCUGAAAACUUCAACAUGGUCAAAGACUUUGUGAACAGUCUGAUCGACCGAGCCUCAGUCACCCGGGACACCACGCGAGUCGGCGUGGUCCUCUACAGCCACAUCAACAUGGUGGUGGUCAGCCUCAGACAGGGAGCCACUCGUGAUGAGAUUAAGUCCGCAGUGCGCUCCAUGAUCUACCUGGGUGAGGGUACCUUCACAGGCAGUGCCAUCCAACAGGCCAACCAGGUGUUCAAGGCGGCACGUGUGGGUGUGAGGAAGGUGGCCAUCAUCAUCACUGAUGGGCAGGCUGACAAGAGGGACUCAGUCAGUCUGGAGAGCGCGGUGGCAGAAGCUCAAGGAAGUAACAUCGAGAUGUUUGUGAUUGGGGUGGUGAACGAGAGCGACCCUCUGUGUGAGGAGUUCAAGAAGGAGAUCAACCUCAUAGCCUCUGACCCGGACAGCAGCCACGUGUACCUGACUGAUGAAUUCAAAACACUUCCAGCUCUUGAAAGAAAACUGCUGAGUCAUAUCUGCGAAGAUGGAGAGAGACAUUUGUUCAGCCAAAUCCCGAGCUCCAGACUUCCUCCGGGAAUCCCUGAAGUCUCCAGUAAUACUCAGGAACCCCUCUACAAGACAGACACAGACACACCCACCUUCACUGGAGACUUCAGGAAACUUCACAGAGUGCCCGGCCCUCCAGCCUUUCACCUUGACAUCCCCUCACAGAGACCCGAGACAGAUGUCAGAACCUCCACAGAAACUCAGGGAUUUCCAUUUUUUGACAGGGAGUCUUUCAGACCGGUAUCAGAGUUCCUCCCUGAGCUGGAGAUGAAGAACUCCACACAUCACAUGGUGAUGACCAGACCCACCGGGCCAGCCAGUCCCACUCUGAAAGCUCCACCUGAGGAGAAGAUGCCACCGCCGUCUCCAGCCACUCCUCCACUGCUGCCCUCUGACACUUAUACAUCAGCGGAGCACUGCAGCCAGACCCUGGAUCCAGGACCAUGUCGGUACUACGUGGUGAAGUGGUACUACGAUGCCAUGGCUAAUUCCUGUGCUCAGUUCUGGUUUGGAGGCUGUUUAGGAAACAGCAACCAGUUUGAGACUGAGAAGAGCUGCAGAGAAACCUGCGUCAAGGUCUAACAUAUGCAAAGUCACGAUGAUACACCCUUGUAAACGCUCAUAAAACAUUUGGAUCUGACCUCACAUGCGGCUUUGCCUUCAGUGCCUCAUCAUUAACACCAAUUUAACCUACAGUGGAGUUUUAGAUUUUUAAUUGCUCAGUUUUAUUAAAUGUUUUGUUGUUGUGUGUUAAUAUUGUGAACCAACUGAAGCUAAUGCAGAGAAAAAGAUCUCUGCACUGUUACACACUGCUGAGCAGGUCUGCUAAAAAAAAAUUUAAAAACUUGUGUAUCUACUAACCUUUCUUUCUAUUCAGAAAACAUUUUUUUUUUAAUAAUGCAU